AUGAUGCUGAUUAUGAGUGUGAAAGAAUAGUAAGAAAUGCUUUCACAAUAUCAUCAUUAGCAAAUAUUGCAUCAAAUCAAAUUCUAUCGCGAUUCCUGCAUUAAAUUUUGUGUUCGUACAUGCUUUUUUGGUGAUAAUACUCAUAUUUCAUUUCUUGGUCUAGUGAUCAUUCUGGACCAUUUAUAAAUCAUCAUCAAUCAUGCAUAAACGUUUAUUACAGAAACUAAACGACCGUUUUGAUCAAGGCGAUUAUUAUGAAGCACAUCAAAUCUAUCGGACCAUAUAUUAUCGGCUAGUACGUGAGAAUAAAUUUGCAGAAAUCUACGAUCUACUUUAUCAAGGAGCCAUACGAUUAUUUGAUAAAGGUGAACAAAACUCUGGUGCCGAUCUAGCAUUGUUAUUGGCCGAUUCACUGUUGACCAAGAUCAACGACGUGAAACAAUUGAAUCAAGAUGAAACGAAAGUUUUGGAUAAUAUGGCCACUUUAUUUGGAAAAAUUGCAGCCGAAUCACCGGAACGAUUAGAAUUUGUUUCGAAAUUAUUGAAAAUUAAAUAUCUAUCGAUGGCAUCGCUACGUAAAAGUUUUGCACAGACAUUGUGGUCAGAGAAAAAUUAUUCUGAUGCACGUUUGCACUUUUUAUAUUCAUCCGAUAAUGGCGAUAAUUGUGCCCUAAUGUUGAUCGAAUAUCAAUGUGAAUCUGCUUAUCCAUGCGAAGUGGAUCUAAUGAUCGCUCAGUUUGUAUUACAAGUACUCUGCAUUAAGAAUCAUCAAUUAGCACAUAAUGUAUUCUAUGGUUAUACAUUGAAUCAUCCGAAAAUUCGUUCAUCGAAACCACCAUUUAUGACGCCUUUAUUGAAUUUUCUUUGCUUUCUCAUAAUGGCCAUUGAUCGUUAUCCUGGUAAAAGUCAAGUAUUCAAUAUUCUUUGUAAUGUUUACGAUAAAUCAUUAAGCCGUGAUCCAUGCUACAAGGAUUAUCUUCAACAAAUUGGCCAAAUAUAUUUCAAUGUUGAAAAGAAACAACAUGGUUCCGGUGGUGGUCUAUUUUCAAAUCUUAUUCAAUCCUUAUUCGAUAUGUCAGCCGAUGAUGGCGAUGAUGAUCAACAACAACAAUUGAAUUUUCAAUCCACCAUUUCAUCAUCAUCACCACCAACGACGAAUCAUGAAGUUGAUCUUGAUUAAUUUAAUUUUAAAAUAAAUGAUAUAUAUGAUAACACACACACACACACAAUCAAAUCAACUUCAAAUGAUUUUCAUCUUGGACACACUCAGAUACACUUUAAUAAUGUACCAAAUAACAAAAAAACAUACAUUAAUAGUAAUCGAUUCAAGUUCUCUCUCAAUCAAUCAAUCACUUGCAAAUCAAACUUGUGAUCACACACACA